UCCGCCGCGCCGUCCGGCCUGGUCGUCGGGCUUCUGUGGCCGCAGCAGCAGUGCCGGAGUAGGGGGGAGGGGGGCCGUGCCGCUGCGAGCGGAAUGCCGGCCGCGCUAUGCAGGCGCUCACGGACAUGGAGCUGGCGCGACUCGAGCAGGGCGGGCCCCGGCACGGCGGCAGCCUGCUGUCGCUGCACACCAGCCUGCCGUCGAGGACGUCACUGCUCGGCAAGCCACUGAAGGUGGGCGCCCACCCCAGGGACGCAAAGUACCGCAAGAAGCAGACCUUCAUGUACAAUUUCCUCGAGAGGCCACGUGGAUACAGGGCAGCCGCGUACCACAUCUUCCUAUUUUUAAUGGUUUUCACGUGUCUGGUGCUAAGUGUUUUUUCAACAAUCAAAGACUUCGAAGAAUUAGCCGGUGCCAUACUGCUGCGAAUGGAGAUCGUGAUGGUCAUCUGGUUCACCAUCGAGUUUUUCUGCCGGCUGUGGUCGGCAGGCUGCCGGUCCAGGUACCAAGGGUGGAUGGGGAGGCUACGCUUCCUGCGAAGCCCAUUCUGUGUGAUAGACGUAAUUGUGAUCGUGGCGUCCGUGGUAGUCCUGGCCAUGGGCAGCAGCGGCCAGAUGUUCGCAGCAUCGGCACUCCGAGGUCUCCGGUUCUUCCAGAUCCUCCGGAUGGUGCGCAUGGACCGGCGAGGGGGCACCUGGAAGUUGCUCGGCUCUGUCGUCUACGCGCACCGCCAGGAGCUCAUCACUACAUUGUACAUUGGAUUUCUAGGACUCAUCUUUUCUUCAUUUCUUGUAUUUCUCGCGGAGAAAGAUAUCAACCCUGUAAAGUUUGGCAACUAUGCCGAUGCCCUUUGGUGGGGUGUGAUCACCCUCUGUACAGUAGGUUAUGGUGACACCGUGCCCGUCACGUGGCCCGGGAAGUUGAUUGCAUCUUUUUGUGCUCUCAUGGGAAUCUCCUUCUUUGCUCUCCCUGCUGGCAUCCUGGGGUCUGGAUUUGCGCUCAAAGUACAACAGCAGCAGCGACAAAAGCACAUGAUCCGACGGCGUGUGCCCGCUGCUACUCUAAUCCAGUGCCUGUGGAGGUGCUAUGCCGCAGAUGAAAACUCCAUGUCCGUGGCAACAUGGAAGAUUCAUCAGGUCCCUCUGCCCAGUCCACCUACCUAUGCCUCCGGGUCAUUCACGAGCACAAAGCGCAGAGACAGACUGGACCUGCCAGCCCCAGGAUCUGGAAUUCUGUUCAAGCACAACACGUCUUUCGUGAGCAGGCUGUCCACGAUACGUCGGCACCGACAGCCCGCCACUCCGUCGCACUUGCAUUCCCCGAUGUCCCGGAGCCGUUACCAUUGUGACUCUAACGCCAGCCAGGACAAUGUAAUGCACUCGGGGAGGCUUCCGGCCAGCUUCAGCGAGGACAGCGUUGCCAGAGACAUCUCUGAUGCCUCAAAACGAAACUCGGACGACGAAGAGCCUGAAGAACCAAGGCUUACAGUGCUCACGAAACAGCAUAAAAAUGCUAUUAGGUCGCUCAGAAAGAUUAAAUAUUUUGUAGCGCGGAGGAAAUUUAAGGAGGCCCUGAAGCCUUAUGAUGUGAAAGACGUCAUCGAACAAUACUCAGCCGGUCAUGUAGAUCUCCUUGGACGAACCAAGAAUAUCCAAUUCAGACUGGACCAAAUACUCGGAAAAGUUGGCUCCAAAGCAAAAGAUGUAUAUGAAUCAAAGAUUAGCCUCGCAUCGAGGAUCGUCAAAGUGGAACGAGCAGUGGAGGACAUUGAGUCCAAGCUGGACCAGCUGAUGGAGAUGUACAUGGAGGACUGGGCGCGGCUAUUCGCCGCACCGGCCGUGCCUCCGCCCGGGCUCAGCAUGCGUCACCAGCCGCCGCCACCACCGCCACCGUCAGCGGCGCCGUCCAUAGCGCCUUCGCCGCCACCUCCACCCCAGCCACCUCCUCAGCCGCAGCAACAGCCGGUGAGCGUGGCAGUUCCGCCGAGAACUACCCUGCUGGACAAGCAGUGCAGCGAGCCCAACACGCCGGUCACCAAGACCUUCGAGCGGCCCACUGUCAUGCAGCGCGGGAACUCGGACCUAGGCACUCGACUGAGGCGUCGCAACCAGCAGAGACUCCAGGCCGCCGAGGCAACCAUGGAGGACCGGGGUGGACCGACGGCGGCGGCCUCUUCGUCGAUGGCCAGCACAUCGGAAAGCGCGGCGGCCAGCGACGACGAGCCGAGCGGAGCCGAGGAGGAAGACGUGAGCGUGGUCACCGUGUCUGUCACGGAGACGGCCGCGCUCCUCAGGCCCACUCUGCACAAUUUCACUUCUGCCUGA